AUGUCGAUUCUCUCUCUUCAAAACGCACUCAUCGCUGAUAGCGAUUGUAUCAUCUCCGAAGAACAUUCCAUUACCCAGCCUAUCACGAUCCUCGAUUCUAGAUGCCUCCGUGCUCCAACACCACACCCCGAGUCCAGUGUUACUGAAGUCGCUCAUACUCGCAUUCCUGCGAUCGAGAUCGAUGACCAGAACUCCAUCCCAGGUUAUCUUGCCGCUUUGAAUGCGAACCUCGACCCAUCUUUCCCCGUCGAUAUGACAGUCUUCGAAUCCUUCUUCCUGCCACAGCUAGACCAUCAAUCGAAGGGAAAGGUCAUUUCCAUAUUGGCAAAAGCUUUUGUCGAUCUUCAAUCCGUUGGCUCCGAGGACGUCAUCUUGAAGCCAAUGAAUCGUAACAAAGGACAUGUACAGAAGUAUAUGGUGGCACUUGUUGGUGUUGGGAGUGCUUUACUUGGUGCAGUUGCCAUGUUUCUCGUGCUCGCCUUCUUCUAG